AUGGACCCGAAUCCGCGGGCAGCCCUGGAGCGCCAGCAGCUCCGCCUUCGGGAGCGGCAGAAAUUCUUCGAGGACAUUUUACAGCCUGAGACAGAAUUUGUCUUCCCCCUGUCCCACCUGCAUCUCGAGUCACAUAGACCCCCCAUUGGUAGUAUCUCAUCCAUGGAGGUGAAUGUGGACACACUUGAGCAAGUGGAACUGAUUGACCUUGGAGAUCAGGACGGAGCGGACGUGUUCUUGCCUUGGGAAGAUCCUCCACCAACCCCCCAGACGGCUGGGGUGGAUGACCAUCCCGAGGAGCCGGGUCUGCCAUUGCCCACGCCAGACAGGACCACAUCCCGCACUUCCUCCUCAUCCUCUGACACCUCCACCAACCCGCACAGCCCGGAUCCCAGUGACGGCGGAGCAGACACACCCUUGGCCCAGUCUGACGAGGAGGAGGAUGGGGGAGACAGCAGGGCAGAGCCUGGAGCCUGCAGCUAGCAGUGGGCCCCCACUUGCAAGACUGACUGCGCUGCCUCUUCUCCACUUGAGAUCCUAGGCCCUGCCAGAGCCCUUUGGAGAAGGCCAGACUCUUUACUCGCAGUAGGCUCAGAGGGAGCAAAGGAUGGUGGGACGGUGUACCUUUCUGGGAAUUAACCUGCUCCUGCUUUACUGCUAACCUUUUCCUGCUGCAACCCUCCCACCAGUUUUUGGCUUACUCCCGGGGUAGGGCCUGCCGGCGAGGAGAUGGAAGAUGAGCUAGGACAAGAUGCCACUGCUUUUCUUAGUGUUCCUCCUUCCCCCAGACUAUCCUGCAGUCUCCUAGUAGAGUCUCCUAAACCAGUGUCUCUAAAUGGACAUGAACUCCUUAACAUCCCGGUGAGAUGGUACUCCAGCCAUCCUGCUUCCAUACAUCCUUUUUGGAACAGGGCACGGUAUACAUAAUAAACAGAUAAUAAUAUA